AUUGUGGCUUGUCUGAAAAUACAUAGGCAAGAAGAAAAAGCAAAUUUCAAGAAAAAAACAAGGAUGGUUAACAUUGCUUUGACACUUCAGGUUCUUCCACUGGUUAUUCUCCUAGGAACUACAUGUUUGGGCGCCUCCCAUUUUUCCUUCUGGGCCAACAUGAUGAAAGAUGAGGCUGAUGACUAUGAGAACUACUACUAUAUAGAACCAGAGCAGGACACCAAACUCCAGCAGGAGCUCUCGGAGGAAAUUAGCUGGUUCGAGACAUCUUUAGGUGACUUCUUUGUCAUGAAAGACUCAUGCUUCCCCAACCCCUGCAAGAAUGGUGGUACGUGUGAGGCCAAAGGAAGUGACUUCAGCUGUCACUGCCCCGCACCAUACGGUGGGGCUACAUGUGAUAAAGUGGAGGACACGUGUCUGGAGAAGAACUGCCACUUUGGUGACUGCCUGAUUAUAUUAACCCCACCCUAUUUCAAGUGCAGCUGCAAGCCUCCCUACAAGAAACCCUCCUGUCAGCAUGCAUCCAAACAGUGCAGUCCAAACCCUUGCAAAAAUGGAGGCACCUGCAUUCGAAACAGAUACAGAUCAAAAUUCACCUGCAAGUGCCCUGAACAGUUCAGAGGGAGAUUCUGCGAGAUCGGACCAUAUGAUUGUUAUGAAGAGGACUCCUCUACAUAUAGAGGAAGAAUGAACCAAGCAGAAAAUGGCAGGACCUGCCUGCACUGGAAUUCCCACCAUCUCUUGGACCAACCUUUUAAUGCCUUUAUGGAGGAUGCUGACUCAUAUGGCAUUGGUGAUCACAACUUCUGCAGGAAUCCUGAUGAGGAUGAAAGACCCUGGUGCUACAUCAGAAAAAAUGAGGAAAUAGAGUGGGAAUAUUGUGAUGUUUCACCCUGCUCAGCUGAAGAGACCCCAACAGAACCCCCUACAGACCCCCCUGAAAUAUUCCAAACAUGUGGACAACCUGAAGUUCAUAGGACAGUCAAGAAGAUCUAUGGUGGAUCCAAGGCUACAGCUGGAAAACAUCCCUGGAUGGCAUCUCUACAGAGACAGACUCCAAAUGGGAAUGAACAUUUCUGUGGUGGAGUGCUAAUUAAAUCGUGCUGGGUUCUUACUGCUGCACACUGCCUUGAAAACCCAGAAACUAAGAUCCAAGUAGCCCUUGGAAAGCAAAACCUCAAGAAGAAAGAGCGCCAUGAGCAAAUAUUUGAUGCAGUGCAAAUAAUUUUACAUGGCGAAUACAGAGAGAAGGGUGGUAUCCUAUACAAUGAUAUUGCACUACUUAAACUGCAGCCUGUUGAUGGUUACUGUGCAGUGGAAACAAAGUAUGUGAAAAUAGCAUGUGUCCCUGACUUCUUCCUUCCUGCUGGGACUUCCUGCUUCAUAUCUGGAUGGGGCCAGACAGAGACAGAUGACCAAUCCCAUCAGCUGUUAGACGCCAAUGUAAAGUUGAUUUCGCAGAGGAAAUGCAAUGAACCCAAACUACAUGAUAACACACUGGAUGAUAGCAUGUUUUGUGCAGGAAAACUUCGGAAACCCGGAAUCGAUUCUUGUGAGGGAGACUCUGGAGGCCCACUGACAUGUGUAGAAAAUGGCUCCUACUACACAUAUGGCCUUGUGAGCUGGGGUGAUGGAUGUGGGUUAAAAAACAAGCCAGGAGUUUAUACCCAGGUGACAAAAUUUGCCGGCUGGAUUAAAGAUGUAAUUCAGUCUUCAUCAAGGUCACGUCAUUAGGAGAGAGCUUUGGAAUGACAAAUGAGCUGCAUUUGCCUUCUCUUGACUUGAAGAAUUUCUGAAGCAUCAGGGUUGACUCCGACUUGCUGAGAUCCUUCUGUCUCCAACUGGU